ACGCGCGACUCCUUUCGCGCGCUCCCUCUUCCUCUUCCUCCUUUCCCCCGCCCCCUUCCUCCCGCUCUCGCGGGGCUGGAUGGACGUCACGGACGCUGCCCAGCGGAGCAGGCGGGCUCGCGGCCCCACGGGCCCCGGUGGUUCGCCUCCUCUCGCACUAGGCAGGCGGUGAGGCCCGGGCGGGAGGAGCGCUCGGCGCCGCUGAGGGGCCCAGGCCCUCUCUCCCCGGCGGCGGCGGCAGUGGCGGCGGCGGCUUCUCCCCCGGUGCAAUAUGUUCAAGAGAAUGGCCGAAUUUGGGCCUGACUCCGGCGGGAGAGUAAAGGGGGUUACUAUUGUUAAACCUAUAGUGUAUGGUAAUGUUGCUCGUUAUUUUGGAAAGAAAAGAGAAGAAGAUGGUCAUACUCAUCAGUGGACAGUAUAUGUAAAGCCGUACAGGAAUGAGGAUAUGUCAGCAUAUGUGAAGAAAAUCCAGUUUAAAUUGCAUGAAAGCUAUGGUAAUCCUUUAAGAGUUGUUACUAAGCCACCAUAUGAGAUUACAGAAACAGGUUGGGGUGAAUUUGAAAUAAUCAUCAAAAUAUUUUUUAUUGAUCCUAAUGAAAGGCCUGUAACACUUUAUCACUUAUUAAAGCUAUUUCAGUCAGACACCAAUGCCAUGCUGGGGAAAAAAACUGUCGUUUCUGAGUUCUAUGAUGAAAUGAUAUUUCAAGAUCCAACAGCAAUGAUGCAACAGUUAUUAACAACAUCUCGUCAGCUAACCUUGGGAGCCUAUAAGCAUGAAACAGAAUUUGCUGAACUUGAAGUAAAAACCAGGGAAAAAUUAGAAGCUGCCAAGAAAAAAACAAGCUUUGAAAUUGCUGAACUUAAAGAGAGAUUAAAAGCAAGUCGUGAAACUAUCAAUUGUUUAAAAAAUGAAAUCAGAAAGCUUGAAGAAGAUGAUCAGACUAAAGAGAUAUGAAAAAGAAUCUCACAAGGACUGAAUAGGGAGGCAACGCAAAAUAAAGGGGAUGUUCUGAAAUGGAGAAAAUGCUAUUAUGCUUUUAGAGGAACUCCAGGCACAGUUGUCUGUCUUAGGCUUCUUAGCAAAGACUCCAAGGAUUUGUACCUCUGAAGCAGUUUGAAUGUAAAAUCUGCCUGUGUAAUUAUAAGAUGCAUUGUACAGGCUCUUUGCUAAUCCACUGAAGGCAUUUCUGUGACUUCAAGCACAACCUCUGGGGUUUUAGGGGUGGGGUUUUUUGUUGUUUUAUUGCAUUGUAUAUAAAGCUUGGUAACUUCCAUGAAAAAUUUUCACUGUAAGAUGUAGCUUUUGCACAAAUUUUGUAUUUUUUCAGACUAUAGAAUUAGGGUUUUAAAAAAUGGACUUGCCCAUUUAACUGCUUCCAGUAGGCUCAAGACUAUUUUGUGUGUAUUCUGAAGAGGUCACCCAGAGAAAUGGACCUUUUCUUCACCUACAAUGAUCCUUCUACAUGACACCUGUGGAUUUAGAGCACUGGAAACCAUGGAGCCACAUUGGCCGCCAGUGGGUCAGUAAUGGACAUGAAGUAGCUUGUAGAAGUGUGAAGGACAUUGAGAAUGUAAACUUCACAGCUCCAGGGACACCUGGGAAAACGUUCCUCCCCAGUGGACAGUGUUGAAAGUUUACUUUUUCACAACUUCUAGAUUUUGAAGGACGUCCAGCACUGCAGGAAUCUCUUCAGGGAGUUGUCAAUGUGUUGGUUCCCAUUUAGGGAAUAAGGACUAGACAUGUGAAUUCAUUGGUAUUGGAAACUUCUGCCUAUGCAGAUAGAGGUAUCCACUGCAAUUCAUAGUCAGAGAAUUGCCUGGAUCACCGAGAGGUUGUGAUUCGCCCCAUCAGCCAGUGUGUGUCAGAGAUGGAACUUAAACCCGGGCCUUCCUGGCUCUGAGUCCAGCUCUGUCCAUUAGGCCACACUGCCUCUCUUUUACAUAGGCAUAAACUUAGAGGAGGCUGAAGAACAUAUUUCCAUGUUUGUAAAUAAAUAUUUGAAGAUGAAAUAAAUCUUGAUGGAUUAAUUUUAAA